UAGGGACUGCUGGGGGCUGGUGAGUCGAGUAGUCGCGACCAGGAGUAGUGUACCGGAUUGUUCUCUCCGAGGGGCCUCAAAGGAAAAAAGAUUAGCUAUGUCAUCUUUGAUCAGAAAGGUGAUCAGCACCGCGAAAGCCCCAGGGGCAAUUGGUCCCUACAGUCAAGCUGUGUUAGUCGACAGGACCGUAUACAUUUCAGGCCAGCUAGGCAUUGAUCCUUCAAGUGGACAGCUUGUGCCAGGAGGGGUGGCAGAGGAAGCUAAACAAGCUCUUACUAACGUGGGUGAAAUUCUGAAAGCUGCAGGCUGUGACUUCACUAAUGUGGUAAAAACAACUGUUUUGCUGGCUGACAUAAAUGACUUUGGUACUGUCAAUGAAGUCUACAAACAGUAUUUCAAGAGUAAUUUUCCUGCGAGAGCUGCAUACCAAGUUGCUGCUUUGCCCAGAGUAAGUACACUUUAAAAUAACUAAUAAACACAAUUUUAAAUUUCUAC